CAUUUGCUUCCCACGUGGAUUUCUCCUUUCCUCUAUCUCGUUUUGUUGUUCUGUUCCGGGUUUUAACCUUUUAAUCUUUAUUAAGUGUUCAAUGCGCCUUUUUUAUUGAACUUUUUAGUUAACCCACAUAGCUGAUCUUUCUUCACGGAGGUUAGGUUUAUGAUUUCAGUCCACCUAAUGGCUAAUUACAUGUGAGUUUUGCCUUUUCCGAUGGAAGCUCAAAGAAACCUAUGCCAAGCAACCCAAGUAUCAAUGGGGGGUUCUUUAUGCUGAGCUCUGAUGGGUAAUUCUUUGAUCUCAAUUCUGCACAAAUUUUAUCGCGGAAACCUUGUGUCAGAUUUAUCUUGCGGCAGGUGAAGAUAACUGUUCCACUUGUUCAAAAUGAAUCUUAUUUGGUUUAUUUUGUUACUGUUUCUCCACUUCGGGUUGUUCCCAAAUGGGUUUAGCAAGAAUGUUUCUUCAAGACCUGCGGUUGUGAAUAUUGGAGCUGUUUUUACGUUAAACUCUACCAUUGGAAGAGUUGCCAAGAUUGCCAUUGAUGAAGCUGUGAAAGAUGUCAACUCCAAUUCCAGCAUUCUCCAUGGAACAAAACUUAUUGUAAAAAUGACAGACUCCAAUUGCAGUGGGUUUUUGGGCAUGGUUGAAGCUUUGCAAUUUAUGGAGACUGAUGUAGUCGCUAUCAUAGGCCCACAAUCUUCUGUAGUUGCCCAUAUUAUAUCCCAUGUUGUAAAUGAACUCCAAGUUCCUCUAUUAUCAUUUGCGGCUACAGACCCCACUCUUGCUUCCCUUCAGUUCCCGUUUUUUGUUAGAACAACUCAUAGUGAUUUGUACCAAAUGACGGCAGUGGCUGAGGUUGUUGAUUAUUAUGGUUGGAAGGAGGUAAUUGCAAUUUUCAUUGAUGAUGACUAUGGACGGAAUGGUGUGUCAGCAUUAGAUGAUAAACUGGCGGAGAGGCGCUGUAGGAUCUCCUACAAGGAGGGAAUUAGCCCUGGGUCUGGAGUUAAUCGGGGUGACAUUAUGGAUAUUCUGGUUAAGGUUGCAUUAAUGGAAUCUCGGAUUAUUGUUCUGCAUGUAAAUCCUGAUUCUGGAUUCAUGUUUUUCUCUGUGGCACACUAUCUUGGAAUGAUGGGCAAUGGUUAUGUAUGGAUAGCUACAGAUUGGCUCUCGUCUGUUUUAGAUUCUUCUUCUCCUCUCCCGUCAGAGACCAUGGAUUCCAUGGAAGGAGUUCUUGUUUUGCGCCAACAUACACCAGAUUCAGAUAGAAAAAGAGCGUUUUUGUCUAGGUGGAAAAAGAUUACUGGUGGUUCUCUGGGGUUGCAUUCGUAUGGGCUUUAUGCUUAUGAUUCUGUUUGGCUGGUUGCUCAUGCUAUUGAUGCAUUUUUUAACCAGGGAGGAGUAAUUUCAUUUUCUAAUGAUUCUAGGUUGCAUUCUGUAGGAGGAGGUAAUCUCCACCUUGAAGCAAUGAGCAUUUUUAAUGAUGGAAUGCUCCUGUUGCAGAACAUCUUGCAGAGUAACCUUGUUGGCUUGGCAGGUCCUAUAAAAUUUAACUCAGAUAGGUCUCUUAUUCUCCCUGCAUAUGAUAUUAUUAACGUGGUUGGAACUGGUUAUCGACGGAUUGGUUACUGGUCAAACUAUUCUGGUUUAUCAGUUGUGCCUCCUGAGAUGCUCUAUGCGAGGCCACCUAAUGAUUCAAGUGCAAACCAGAAACUGACCGAUGUUAUCUGGCCAGGAGAUACAUCACUGAAGCCCCGUGGAUGGGUUUUUCCAAACAAUGGGAAGGUAUUGAUAAUUGGUGUACCUAAUCGAGCUAGUUUCCGGGAAUUUGUAUCACAAGUGCGAGGGACUGAUAUGUUCAAGGGUUUCUGCAUAGAUGUAUUUACAGCAGCUGUAAACUUGUUACCUUAUGCUGUUCCAUACCGAUUUGUUCCCUUUGGAGAUGGUCAUGAAAACCCAAGCUACACAGGGCUUGUAAAUGGGAUCAUAUCGGGUAAGUUUGAUGCCGCUGUCGGUGACAUUGCAAUUAUUACAAAUAGGACAAGAAUUGUAGAUUUUACCCAGCCAUAUGCUUCAUCUGGACUUCUUGUUGUGGCCCCAUUUAAGAAAAUGAAUUCUGGUGCUUGGGCUUUCCUGCGGCCAUUUAGUAAAUUUAUGUGGAUUGUCACUGCUUGUUUCUUUCUUCUUAUUGGAAUAGUCGUAUGGAUUCUGGAGCAUAGAAUAAAUGAUGAAUUCAGGGGCCCUCCUAGGAAACAAUUUAUAACCAUUGUAUGGUUUAGCCUCUCAACUCUGUUUUUCGCCCAUAAAGAGAAUACUGUGAGCACCCUCGGUCGUAUGGUGCUACUCAUAUGGCUCUUUGUUGUUUUGAUAAUCAACUCAAGCUACACUGCGAGUCUGACAUCAAUCCUCACAGUGCAACAGCUGUCCUCCCAUAUCAAAGGGAUUGACAGCUUAAAGAAUAGCGAUGAGCGAAUUGGGUACCAAGUGGGUUCUUUUGCUGAACACUAUUUAGAGGAACUUGGCAUAUCCAAAUCUAGGCUUGUUGCCCUUGGAUCACCUGAAGCAUAUGCUUCAGCGCUCCAGCUUGGUCCUAAAAAAGGCGGUGUUGCUGCAAUUGUUGACGAACGCCCGUAUGUAGAACUUUUCCUAUCAAGUCAGUGCAAAUUCAGGGUUGUAGGUCAAGAGUUCACCAAAAGCGGCUGGGGUUUUGCAUUUCCACGAGACUCCCCAUUAGCAGUUGACAUGUCAACUGCGAUUCUACAACUGUCUGAGAAUGGUGAUCUCCAGCGGAUCCGUGAUAAGUGGCUGAUACGAAGCACUUGCGGUUUAGAGAAUACUGAAAUUGAGUCAGAUAAGCUUCAGCUUAAAAGCUUCUGGGGCCUCUUCCUUAUUUGUGGGAUAGCUUGCUUCGUUGCACUCUUCAUAUAUUUCUUGCAGAUUAUGCUGCAGUUAUGCCGUACUGCCCCUUCUGAAUCUGUUUCACCUGGUUCACAUAGCUCAAUUUCUGGGCGCGUUCGGAGAUUGAUAUCAUUAAUGGACGAGAAGGAAGACCACUCAAAUAGUGGAAGUAAAAGAAGGAAAGUGGAAAGAUCAUUAUCCGACAAUGAUAAGGAGUUGGGGAGUAAUCCCAGUAGACAAACAAAUUAAAAUGACUGCAGGGAUCUACAUCAACUCAGGCAAUUAACUCAUUUGUUUUACCAUCCUUAAUAGUAACGUUACAUGUCCGUGAUAUAUAUAGAUUAUAACUGUUUAAAUGCGCUUGUAUCGGUUAUUUUUGUCUAGAACAACAAAAAAAAAGUCCUUUAUUUUGUAGGAAUAUGUGCUGGAAGCAUAUUUUAUUCCAAGAUCUUGUUUUAUACAUGUCAAUGGAUUUCAAUGCCAAUGUGAAGCUGACGAUGAAAUAUACUUCAUAUUACUGACCUUGUCAUUUUUGUCCAAGAUCUAUCUACAUUAUAUCGAGUUCCUGACUUUGUGUGUGUUGUGUGGUCGAUGACUUGUUGAUCUCCGUUCGACUGUAGGGACUUACUGAGAGGCUCGGUCAAGUGACUAUCGACGUUCGUUCGACCGAAUGUUGCAAUUUUUGACAAACCGACAUGUUCCAUCGAUAGCCAGUUGAAGCUUAUUCGACCGCGGGACUUCAUUGCGAGGUUCUAUUCAAACGGAACUUCUAUCUAUUUGGACGCGACUCAACAGUUUCAUUUUAUUUUGCUUUUCUACUAGGGUUUUGAAUUGUUUUUCUAUAUAAACACGCUUAUGACGCCUUUGGCUGCAUGUCAUGUUUAUUUUUCUUCAAUUAAAAAAAGAAAAAGAAAAAAGAAAAACACUCAGAGGUUUAGUUUUCUCCUAUUUUGACUCACAUCA